GCACACACACACACACACACACACAAACCGGUUUGGCAGUACAGUGGAAGGUAAUUUCCUGAUUUACAUUCUUAACGCUCAUUUCCUGUAAGAGGCGCGAGCAGGAAGCAGCUCCUCCGCGCGCGCCGUACAGGUGACACCGACACACCUGAGACAGCAGUGCGGAGAACUGGAAGAGAGUAACCCCUGUGCGAUGGCGUCGUGUUCAGAAGCACCCUGUCCUCAUCUCAGCCUUCCGGUCGAGAUGGACGAGUUGAUGACAUCAUCGUCUCUGAACUUGGCCUGGCCGGCGUGUCAGAAGUGUUCGGCGCGUGGUGAUGACAGCGUGGUUAAUGACGAGCGACGGGUCGAAUGCCCAAAUGCCUGUUUGAGAGGUCGUGCUUUGGGGUUAAAGGGCAACGGGCCUGCACUUCCUGUAGCCACGCCCACCGAGCUGGGUGCAUCACGCAUGCACUAUCUCCAGCGUGCACUGGGAGGUGCGGUCCGGCUCCCCCGGCUCCCCCUACAGAACGUCUCGGAGAUGUUCCCUGAAGCAGGUUACGGAGUGGAACACCAGCGGAACGUUCCGAGCGAGGAUGAGGAGAGUCUGGAGCAGCCUCUUCCUCUCCGCUCCGACGUGGGAGAGAGUGAGCACUGGAUCGUUGGACCUGGACUGACACGUUCACCUGUCUGUGCUGUAGAUCCUCAAUGCCCCAGAUGUCCACCUCCACCCGUAAACGUCCCAAUGCCACACAUGCGUGAACCCCAGAUGCACAUGCAAGCCAGGCCGAUGCACCUCAGACCUGCGGUUCCCAUGGCAACGCCCCAGGCCACCACCGGUGCAAGAGACACACCUGAAGUGAUGACGGAGAUGUGCGUUCUUCCCUCUCAGCCAAUCAGGACGGGCCGUGCGCAGGCACAGGAAGUGAGGCGCACCAUCAGUCUCCCCGACGACUGCCGAACCGUUUUCGUCACGUAUUCGGUGGACGUGGCGGAGGAGAUCUUUCCGUUUGUGACGUUUUUGAUAAAUCAAGGCUUCAGACCUGCUAUCGAUAUUUUCGAUAACGCCGUGCGGCAGAUGGACAUGAACAAGUGGAUGGACAGCUACUUAAAAGACAAAUCGGUUCUGAUCAUCAUGGUCAUCAGUCCGAAAUACAAGAUUGACAUCGAGGGCGACGGAUCGGACCAACACGGCCUGCACACCAAAUACAUACACAGUCAGCUGCAGAACGAGUUUAUCCAGCAGCGCUGUCUGAAUUUCAGACUCGUCCCUGUUCUCUUCCCCAACGCUAACCAGAUCCAGGAUGUACUUCAUCUCACUCUCCCAGUGUUCCCAGGAUAGACACCGGAUCCACCAGCACACUGAUCAGGAUAAGAUGAAGAGGAAGAUGACUGAGCGAAUGAUUUCAUGAGUCGGCCAUUUUGUCCUGGGGGUGUGCAAACUUUUGCCGAGGACUGUAUUGAAGUAAGAAGUGUUGUUAAUGAAGAAAACAUGAUCACGCUGUACUAUAGGGUGUAACGUAUACGCUGAAGUAUAUAACACACACAUUGUUCAGUGUGAUUGAUAUGCGUGUGUGAGAGAGAGAGACGGGGUGUUGGUCAGUGCGGUGUAUAAAUCAUGUUGACUGGAGGAGGAACUGGUUCCUUUCCGUCUGAUGUGUGUGAAUGAUUAACUACAGUAAAUGGUGCCGCUGAUAAGCACGCAAACACACACACACACACACACACACACACACAGAAACAGGCCUCACGGACAGGAUACACAACACACUUCCGCUUAAUAAUUCAAUAUUGUGUGUGUGUGUGUGUGUGUUCCCUAGUCUUUUAUUUUAGGAUUAUAAUCCUUCUGUUCUAACAUCAGACACUUGUGACGUU